AUGUCCCAACUCAACUACCGCACCAUAAACGUCGACGUCCUGGACCCCGAGUCCUCCGCAAACUUCCCCAUGGAGACACUCCUCCCCCCGACCCUCCCCGCGCCCACGACAUCCAGCGACGCCGCCGGGGUCGCCUCGCAGGUCCGCCAGCUGCUCCGCUCCGGCGACCCCGAAGGCGCACUGCGUCAGGUGCUCGAGACCGCGCCGCUGGGCGGCGACGAUCGCGCGAAGGAGGUCCAUCUUGCGGCUGUCGUGGACGUGUUGCAGGGGAUUCGGCAGGGGGAGAUGAUGCGGGUGUUGGAGGGUGUUUGUACCGGUGAGGGGGGCGAUGAGAGGGCGGAUUGUUUGAUGAAGUAUUUGUACAAAGGCAUGUCUGCCUCCGGACCUAGCAGCGGUGCCCAGUCGCCGCGCAAAUCGGUCUCUCCGCAGAGCACGGGGUUCUCGCAGAUCCAGGCCCGGAAUUUGGGUGAGGGCGGCGGUAGCCAGCAGAUGAGCGUGUUGCUGAGUUGGCAUGAGAAGUUGGUUGAGUUGACGGGGACUGGAUCGAUUGUGCGGGUCAUGACGGAUCGGAGGACGGUUUAG